GGUGGCACUUUCCAUUCAGCCUUUAUUUUGCUGGGUACAUUAGCUUAGACCCCAUGUACACUAAGUAUGUGACAGUAUGCGGCUCCGCCAUUGUUAUCCGUCCUCUUCACAAGAUCCGCACCGGGUCAGAUGGCUCCGCCCAUCUCUGUCAUCACCCGGAGACACGGAGCGUGACUUUCCAAGAUGGCGGCCUCCAUGCUCAGCCGGUACAUGCUGCUCUCCCGGUCCCGGGUGGUGUCGUUAGGCUCCACAGUGACAGGAAAAAGGUUCCUACUUUCUGCAUCAUACAUCAACGACAAAGCAUGGGAGAAAUGGGAGAAAGAGACCCAUAACUUAGCUGACUUGGCAUCUCUAAUGGAUAAGUGCCAUGAUCGGAAGAUACCAGUAAGCUCCCUGGUCAUUACACGGUUUAUUGACAAUAUUAAAUCCAAAGAAGAAAUUGACCUGGGUGAAUACUACCUUUAUAAGUUUCGUCACAGUCCAAACUGUUGGUAUUUAAGGAACUGGACGAUUCACGGAUGGAUUAGAAAAUGUCUCCAAUAUGGAGCUUUCGACAAAGCUGUGUAUACUUUGAAGAAUAAGGUCCAGUACGGUAUUUUCCCAGAUAACUUCACAUUUAAUAUAUUACUUGAUGCAUUCAUUAAGAAAGAACAUUUUGAAGAUGCUGUAUCUGUGGUGACGGAGAUAAUGCUCCAAGAGAGUUUUGAUAGCGUCUCCACACAACUCCUCUCUCUCUAUGCUUUGCACAUGUAUCUGUCUGGAAAUCCACAAUUAACGUGGGAACAAGAAAGGAAUAUUGGUGCUUCACUCCUACUGGCAGGAUUGCAUCAGGAAAACACUGUUUCGUUCAGUUCACAGCUGUAUGGAUACACUCUGCUUGGAAAAGUAGAAAUUUCCAAAGGUCUAAGAGCAGUCUAUACUCAGAUGCCCCUAAUGUGGAAACCUGGUUAUUUUCAAAGAGCUUUGGAUGUUAUGGAGAAGGUGUCUCAGCUGCCUGGAGAAAGCAAGAUAUGCAAAGAUACUAUUGAAAUUCUAAAAUCUGCAUUAGAGUCUGCUAUUUCAAGUCAGUCAGAAAAAACUGAAGAAACUGAAGGUUCAGAAGAGAAGUCGGAACCAUAUGGAGCCUCGGAGAAGACACAGGAAGAUUUACUACCAGAAUAUCUUUCUAGAUUUCAGGACUUGAGCACAAAACUUUAUUCUCUUGGGAAAAUCGACCCUACUAACCUUGUGAGCCUGACAACUAGUUUAGUACAACAGAAGUUGCUGGAAACUGAAAAGCUGGACAUUGAAAACUAUGAGGCUUCUCUCAAGGAAUGGGAAGAAGAACGGUCUGCACUCACCAAGAGAGAGCAGGAGUUAAGAGAGAAGGCAAGGUUGCAGUAUGAGGCCCUAAUUGCAUCCAGGGCCACUGCAUAAUACAUUCCAGGCCUAAUGUACAUUGUUUAGACCGUCCUUGGAAGCUGACAUGUGCUCUUUUCCUUUUGGUCUAGCAGUAAUUUCUUCAUCAUCCUCUAGGUUUGUAGAGACUUUAAAACAAUAGAACUUGCCAGGUGGUGUAAAGUCAAAGAGAAUAGUUUUUCUUUGGAAUUCUGUAUUUCUAUGCAAUAAACAAUGCAUUCGGGAA